AUGAGCGCGGAUUGGGGACCAGUGAUUGUUGCUGUGUCUCUGUUCAUCCUACUAUCACCAGGACUACUGGUUCAGAUUCCAGCGAGGACGAGAGUGGUUGAGUUCGGGAACAUGAGCACGAGCGGUAUCGCUAUUUUGGUUCACGCAGUUAUUUACUUUUGUAUACUCACAAUUUUAGUGAUUGCUAUACAAGUUCACAUCCAUUUCUGA